GCAUCUUUGCCGCCGGCGGUUACUACAACCUGGUCCCGUGGCUGAGGCAAAGUCGGGUGGGCAAAGCAAGCCAGCAUGAGCAGCCUCAGUCAGCCAUCGAAGCAAACGCAGUCAGGAUGCAUGAUCUGCCGUCGUCUACGUCUGUAUUCCGGACGCCAUCAUCAGAUCUGGAGCUUCGAUCUCGCAAGAUGCCAGCAAAUCUCGAGCCUUGACAAGACGACAAACUCCUGGUGUGUUCGAUAUGGGUACCGCAUUACGAGAGGAUACCUUACCAGAGCUCAUACCAUUGCUGUAAGGAAUUGGAGCACUCUGCAAAUACUAUACCGUCUGCACGACGUCGAACCGAGCUUUCGUAUAGGCGAUCCAUCUCUUUUGCACGACAAAGUGUAUGCUCGUCGUAAGCUGUUACACAGAUCCCGGAGGACCGCUAUGGGCAGGGAGAAGUUGUGCCAUGAUACCUUCCCACAAGCGCUCGCCCCUAGACCAGGCGCGAUUGAAUGAUUGUGACAACCUUCGCUUUGGCCAGUUGGACGUCCUAGGCAUUAUGGUGCCCAAAAGGGUCCAUCUGGAGACUGCGCUCUGUUGGACUCUUCGCAAGCUCCAGCCCUUCCAAGGUGUGCCCAUUAUAUGGUCCAACGCGCCCACUGCGCGGACGUGCGAGGCGUUAUCCCCACGGUGGCAUCAAUCCCUGCUGUUCCUCUGUUUUGCCAAGAUGGUACUGUAGUUUGUUCGGUUGCCAUCGAUGGUUCACCUCCGUUUGCCCGCUUGCUGCGCCCAGGUGUCAGUGAGGUCCCUGUAGGUAGGAAACUUGGGAAAGCCACGCCGGAAGGACGCGAGAGUGCCGCGCUCGUCGCUCUCAGACCGCGCUUAGAUCCCAGAUCAGUCUCUGGGUGUGCUCGUACUCGAGCAGCAGGUUAUUGAGCAUGCCGCAGCGACAGGCGCCAUAAUCGGGAGGUCAGGGGCUAGAUUCCAGCAAGAGUUGGUCGUCGCUGAAGGGGACGAAGGUGUCUGUCAAUCGAGGAUACUCCCUAGGUAAGGGGACGAAGGUGUUUGUCAAUCGAGGACGCUUCCUAGGUAAAAGGCUCUAUACGAUUCGAGUCUGUAUUCUCGACCUCAAUAAGGAAGAUAGUGAACCUACGAGGCUUCCUAUUUAAGCUAUGUUGGACGCGUCGCGUCCUUUUCUACCUGCCUAAUAGCAACUCGCUACCUAGAUAUCUGGACCUAGAACUACUCUACAUACUCGUCCUAGGCCUCGAUAUUACUCUAAGGAUCUCUCCCUUCUAGGUUAGUACUCUUUGCGUCUAGUAUAGAGGUCGAAU